GCUGUCUGGUUGUACCUGUGCUGCGGUGGUGUUCGUGAGCCGCCUGAGGCAGCUCUAUAAUCUUGGACAGAACUGCCGUCGAUCCCGCAAGCGCUCAUCUCGCUCCUUCUUUGCAAGAAUCCGACGCCUCAGAAUGUCUGCAAAAGCCAUCAGCGAGGCAACAGGCAAGCGAUUGUUAAAUCAGCACUUGGAUUGCGCUUUAGCGGCGCCUUGCAAGUUUGCCACUGUCACCGAUCUGAGCAAGUGGAACGAGGUCGAAUCGAACAACUCAUGGAUCCAGAGCGAGCCGCUGGUCGUGAAGCCCGAUCAGUUGAUCAAGCGAAGAGGCAAGCUCGGCCUCAUCCACGUGAAAGGGAACUCGAAGUCCGUCAAGGAGUGGAUCGGUGAUCGAAUCAACAAACCGAUUAAGAUCGAAAGAGCCGAAGGCAGACUGAAGAACUUCAUCAUUGAGCCAUUCCUGCCGCAUGCAGACGAUGAAGAAGCCUACGUGUGCAUUUACUCAACCAGAGAUUGUGACGUCAUUCUGUUCCACAAGCAAGGUGGCGUUGAUGUCGGCGAUGUGGACGCGAAAGCGCAUAAGCUCGAAAUUCCGGUGUUUCUGGAGGAAGAAGCACCGGAUGUCAGAGAAAAUAUUCUGAAACAUCUUCUAUUCGAUCUCACCGGGGAUAAACAGAAAUUACUCUUAGAAUUCAUCCAGAAGCUCUACUCCUUCUACGUCAGACUCUACUUCACCUACCUUGAGAUCAAUCCAUUGGUGAUCACCAAGGGAAAAGUUCAUAUUCUGGACUUGGCGGCAAAGCUGGAUGCGACCGCCGAAUAUCUCUGCAAAGCUCGAUGGGGUGACGUGGAUUUCCCGCCCCCUUUCGGAAGAGAUGCCACCUCGGAAGAAGCUUACAUACACGAGCUGGAUUCCAAGAGUGGUGCUUCGCUCAAGUUGACCGUGCUUAAUCCGAAAGGUCGUAUAUGGACAAUGGCGGCUGGCGGUGGCGCUUCGGUCAUCUAUUCUGACACCGUGUGCGAACUCGGUGGUGCCGAUGAACUAGCUAACUAUGGAGAGUAUUCCGGAGCUCCAAACGAAAACCAGACUUAUGAAUACGCUAAAACCAUACUCGGAUUGUUGUGCGCUCAUUAUCAUCCCAAGGGGAAAGUUCUCAUCAUCGGUGGAGGCAUUGCGAACUUCACGAAUGUGGCGGCCACUUUCAAAGGCAUUGUGAAGGCGCUACAGGAGUUCCGCGAGCGAUUGGUUGAGCACGGGGUUUCGAUUUUUGUGCGAAGGGCGGGACCCAAUUAUCAAGAAGGACUCCGAGUCAUGAAAGAGACCGGACAAACGCUUGGAAUUCCAGUUCACGUAUUUGGUCCUGAGACUCACAUGACUGCAAUCGUUGCCAUGGCGAUGGGCAAGAGGGACAUUUCGGCACCUGUGGAAAAUUCCCAGACAACAGCGAACUUCCUGCUCGCCUCCGGCGUAUCGAAGAUGAUGGACCCGUUACGGGAGGAAUACGUAGUUCUGCAAAAACUCAGAUCGGGAUCGACCGCUCCCUCGGUUGUCUCAUCUCCGGUAGAUAGUCAACCUCCCAGUGGACCCGCGACACCGUGGUUCACAAACAGGAGCAGGGCAAUCAUCUGGGGAAUGCAGACAAAAGCCGUACAAGGAAUGCUUGACUUCGACUUCGUUUGCUCCCGGAAAGAGCCGUCUGUUGUGGCAAUGGUGUAUCCAUUCGUCGGUUAUCAUCGGCUCAAGUUCUACUGGGGACACAAAGAGAUCCUCAUUCCCGUGUACAAGAGUAUUUCGGAUGCCAUAAAGAAACACACCGACGCCGACUGCCUCAUAAACUUCGCCUCGCUGCGAUCUGCUAAGGAGUCCACAGACGAAGCCAUCAACUGUCCCCAGAUAAGGACGAUUGCCAUCAUCGCCGAAGGUAUACCAGAGAACAUCACCAGAAAAAUCAACAAAGCAGCGAAGCAGCGAGGAGUCAAUAUCAUCGGUCCUGCCACGGUCGGUGGAAUCAAACCUGGCUGUUUCAAAAUUGGAAACACCGGCGGCAUGAUGGACAACAUCUUGGCGUCGAAGUUGUACAGGCCGGGCAGCGUAGCUUACGUGUCUCGGUCUGGAGGCAUGUCGAACGAGUUGAAUAACAUAGUGUCCAGGAAUACGGACGGAGUCUACGAGGGCGUAGCCAUCGGAGGUGACAGAUAUCCGGGAACUACGUUCAUGGAUCACAUCAUGAGGUAUGAGAGCGAUCCCGAAGUCAAGAUGAUCGUCCUGCUCGGCGAAGUUGGUGGCAUUGAGGAAUACGAUGUCUGCCAAGCCAUCAAGGAGAGGAGAAUCACCAAACCCCUUGUUGCAUGGUGCAUCGGCACCUGUGCCGGAAUGUUCUCAUCCGAAGUUCAGUUUGGUCACGCUGGAGCUUGUGCCAAUUCGCAGCGAGAGACCGCUGUUGUGAAAAACUUGGCUCUCAAGGAAGCAGGAGCCUUCGUGCCGAAAACUUUCGACGAUCUUGGUGAUACAAUCAAAAAUGUGUUCAGUCAACUUGUGGCCGAGGGUAUCGUGGUCGUCAAGCCUGAAGUGCCUCCGCCGACCGUUCCCAUGGAUUACAACUGGGCCAGGGAGCUGGGCCUGAUCCGCAAACCCGCAUCCUUCAUGACUUCAAUCUGUGAUGAACGUGGACAAGAACUCGUCUACGCCGGCAUUCCUAUUACGAAGGUGAUGGAGGAGGAUCUUGGUCUCGGCGGAGUCCUCAGUCUUUUGUGGUUCCAGAGACGUCUGCCGAGCUACGCGUGCAAAUUCCUCGAAAUGGUUCUGAUGGUCACUGCGGACCACGGACCCGCGGUGUCGGGGGCUCACAACACCAUCGUUUGUGCCCGGGCUGGGAAAGAUCUCAUUUCGUCUCUGACAUCGGGUCUUCUGACGAUCGGAGAUCGUUUCGGUGGAGCUCUGGAUGCGGCCGCGAGACAAUUCUCGGGUGCUUACGAUUCGGGUCUUAUUCCGAUGGACUUCGUCAACCAGAUGAGGAAGAAAGGCGAACUCAUCAUGGGCAUCGGUCAUCGUGUCAAGUCCAUCAACAAUCCCGAUAUGAGGGUCAAGAUUCUCAAAGACUUCGUUAAACAGCAUUUCUCUACCACUCCAGUUCUUGAUUUUGCGCUCGAAGUCGAGAAAAUCACCACGAGCAAAAAACCCAAUCUCAUUUUGAAUGUCGACGGACUUAUCGGUGUCGCCGUUGUGGAUCUCCUGCGUUCGUCGGGUGCCUUCACAAGAGAAGAAGCACAAGAAUACAUCGAUAUGGGUGCUCUGAACGGUCUCUUCGUUCUCGGGAGGACCAUCGGCUUCAUCGGACACUACUUGGAUCAGAAGAGACUCAAACAGGGUUUAUACCGACAUCCAUGGGACGACAUCUCUUACGUCAUGCCAGAGCAGGAUGAUCCACAACUUCCGCAGUAAAGUUGGAAGGAAACUCCCGCGUUGCACUGCAACGAAAACAGAGGCUGGCAUGUCGCAUUACCGACUGUUUUUCAUUUUCUUCAUGCGGAAGAGAAAGGCACGCAAAACCGAGGUACGGCGUCGUGGCCUCUGAACACACAUAAUCAUGUUGAGCGUCCAGCUUCUCGCUUCUUACAGACUUUAUCCCAGUUGAAUCGGUGCUGAACGAAUGUCGUGUCCGAAAAAAAAACGGAAGUGGAACGAAUCUGAGCCACAUCUGAACAAGAUUCAGAGUGAAAUUCAUACAGGCCAAGCCGAAGCGGAACAUCACUUCCGAUAUUAUCUGUUGUAUUUAUAUGCUAAGGUCUUCUUAAUUAAACUCGAAUCAAUAAAAAUGACUGCUGAGUCCAAGCUACAUGCUUUGUUC